GCUAGCGUCACUUCCGGGGUGCGCGGCUGCCGCUUUUGGCCUGCGCGUUCGGCUUCUUGCUCAACUGCCUGUCACGGGGCUCGGGGUCCGGAGCCUCCUUCGCGCGUGCAACAAUGGAUGUAGCAGUUCCUGAUGCUUCUGAGAAGCGUAUAAUCAUCCACUCACAAGUUCACAGAGAUACUAUUCUGGCCAGUUUUGAAGAACAGAGGAGAAAAGAUUUUUUGUGUGAUAUCACUUUAAUUGUAGAAAAUGUUCACUUUAGAGCACACAAAGCUUUACUUGCUGCCAGCAGUGAAUAUUUCUCCAUGAUGUUUGUUGAUGAGGGAGAGAUAGGCCAGUCGAUCUAUAUGCUGGAAGGAAUGGUGUCAGAUGCUUUUGGUGCGCUCUUGGAGUUUAUCUACACUGGUUCUCUGCAAGCUAGUGAAAAAAGUACAGAGCAGAUUUUAGCCACAGCUCAUCUCCUCAAAGUGAACGAUUUAGUAAGGGCUUACACAGAACAGGAGAAGAAUUUUAGCAGCACAUUAUCUGCCACGCCUACUAAUGGGGGCACAGUAGCUGCCUUGACAAAUGACAAGAAAAGUGAAGAUCCACCAAAGCGAAAACGUGGAAGACCAAGAAAAGUGAAGAAUAUCCAAGAGGAAAAGCUUGGGAUAUCUGUUGAAGAUGCUCAGUUAAGAGAGAACAACUCUGUUCAUAAUAAGCAAAACUUUAUGGAUAAAGAUGCUGUGGUGGAAGACAGAGAUUCCAAUGAGGAGGUUCCUGUAAACCGAGAAGCAAGAGAUACUGAUCAUGCUUGUAGUUCAGAUGCUGCGGUGAGUGUCUCCACUGAAAAAGAUGAGAACUAUGAUCCUAAAUGCCAAAGUAUACAGGCCAGUCAGAGUCGUUACAGCAAACGAAGGAUACAGCGGUCUAUCAAGCUAAGAGAUUAUAAACUUACUGGUGAUGAAGAGGACAAUGGGCUGAAAAAGAGACAUGAUAGGAGAAGAAAACGUACAGGUUCUGAAGUUGAGUGCAAAGACUGUGGGAAGGUAUUUAAAUAUAACCAUUUUUUAGCUAUUCACCGAAGAAGUCAUACGGGGGAGCGCCCGUUUAAGUGCAGUGAAUGUGGUAAAGGCUUUUCCCAGAAACACUCUCUCCAAGUUCAUGAGCGAAUGCAUACUGGAGAACGGCCAUACACUUGUACUGUUUGCAGUAAGGCUUUAACAACAAAACAUUCACUCCUGGAGCACAUGAGCCUUCAUACAGGUCAGAAGGCUUUUACUUGUGAUCAGUGUGGAAAAUACUUCAGCCAAAAGAGACAACUUAAGAGUCAUUACAGAGUUCACACAGGCCAUUCUUUGCCGGAAUGUAACCUGUGUCAUCGCAAAUUCAUGGAUGCAGCUCAGUUAAAGAAACAUUUAAGAACACAUACAGGUGAAAAGCCAUUUACAUGUGAAAUUUGUGGCAAGUCCUUCACAGCAAAAAGCUCUCUCCAGACUCACAUAAGAAUCCACAGAGGAGAAAAACCUUACACAUGCAGCAUUUGUGGGAAAUCCUUUUCUGAUUCCAGUGCCAAGAGGAGACACUGUAUCUUACACACUGGCAAAAAGCCCUUUUCUUGCUCGGAGUGCAGCGUGCAGUUUGCGCGCCUAGACAAUUUGAAGUCACAUUUGAAGAUCCACAUCAAAGAAAAGCAGCUACAGGAAGCAAGCAGUGCUCCCCACAGCAGCAGCAGCAGCAACACCACAGACGAAGUCAGGAACAUUCUUCAGUUGCAGCAGUAUCAACUCUCCACUUCUGGAGCGCAGGAGAUCCAGCUGCUGGUCACAGAUUCUGUGCACAAUAUCAAUUUUGUGCCCAGCCAUAGCGAAGGUAUUAGUGUUGUCACUGCAGAUGGCACCCAAAAUGUGAUGACGGACCAUGCAGGCAGUCUUACCCUUCUCACUCAGCCACCCCAGCAGCUACAGAACUUGCUCCUUUCCACCCAGCCAGAGCCAGCAGACCAGAUUCAGAAUAUUAACAUUGUGAGCAGCCAGAUGGAGCCUCCACAGGCUGAGCAAGUGCACGUCAUCACGCUCUCUAAAGAAGCCCUGGAGCAUCUACAUGCCAAUCAGAAUCCAGCAGAAGUGCUCCAGAUCACCACAGGAACAUCACAUCCAAGCCAGCACCUGCAGGUGCCUCAGGAACCUAGCCAGGAGUUUCGCAUCAGCCAAGCUACAGUCCUACCUCCUCAAAUGAGCAAGGGACAGACUCAAACUGUACAUGUCUCUGAAUCACCUCAGCAGUCUCUGACUGUAGGCCAGUCAUCUGAUGAUCAUCAUAUUGAGAGGCAGACUUUUUAAAAUAAGGGUUGUUUUGCUUCUUUAUUUAUUUCUCAAAAGUGAAAUGACGUCAAACCAAGUCAUAUUUCAUCUAUCUAUUUAAGAUUGCAUUUUGGUAAUACUGAUGGUUCACUUUAUUGUAAAGCUGAGUAUUUUUUAUUUUUAUGUUUUCUUAACUUAAAUAUAUAUUGAUAGGGUGAUUUCAUAGUCAAGACCCAUGCCUAUUUUGCCUGAACUGCAAUAAUUAUUGAGAUACUGUUGGUGGGAUCCAACCAUUUUAGCUGUUUCAGUGGAAAAGAGCUUUUCACUUGCUCCCAUUUAAGCUGAUUGGAUGUAAAAAUUAACUUCACCUGGAUCAUGCACUGUAUAAUUAUGUGCUUGUGUUCAGAGUUCUACUUUGCUCUUGGAUAUCUACAGAGGAAUUAUUUUCUUUUUCCUUCCUUCCUUCCUUCCUUCCUUCCUUCCUUCCUUCCCCAUGAAAAAGUAGUUGUGCUUAUUUAUGUGCAUUACAAUGGCAAGCCGGAACAUACAUAUUGCCAUUUUAUAUGUGCAAAUACAUGUGCAAUAUUGCCAGUUAAACCACAAUUUCCAAUCCAGUUUUAAAAUUUGUCUCGACGUAUAAGCAUAUGUGUGUAAUUUCAAAAGGAUGGAAGUGUAAAGUUGGACUUCUGACCACGUGUAGACAGGCCAUCCUGAAAAGUGCCACCUACAGGCUUAAAGAAAAUUGUUUUUCUUGUUUGGGUUUUACAUUAGGCUUUGCCGAUUCAAUUCAUGAUUCACCUCUAGUUGUAUAUAGGCCUAAUUCAAAUUCAACAGUAAGCCAUGGUUUAUUAGACCAACAAGUGUUGUGACUGUGUACCCCUCUCUUCCAUCCUAUUUUCUCUCUUGCAUCUUGAUGCAAUGCAUAUGGGAUUUCUUAAAUGACAGUUUCUGAUUAUGAACUCGGACACAGUUGUUUAAGCAGCGGGGAGGGAACGUGAAGACAUAGCAUUCAUUCUCAGUCUGCUAAACGACUGUUUUACUGGACCUGAAAUAGACCAUAGUCUAGUUCUGCUUGUUGUGGAGAGGAAUUCAUAUUCUACUUCAAUAAUACACUGUUGGCAGAUAGCCACUCUCUGAUAAACAUUUUAAUGUGCAUUUGGCCUCUGCUUUUUCAUUUCUUGGUCCAGCUUGCACAACAGUUUGCACAUCCAACCCCAUUCUUCUGGGAGGUUGGAAGUAAAUCUGAUACAAUUGACCAUAAGGAAGCUUCAACAGCAUUGUCUGCACCAGUGGAAUAAUACUAUCAAUGUGGGAAGUAGAACCUUCCAGGUUAUCUUGGCACCCUUGUGUUAUCCAUGCUUAACGGUUGGAUGUGGUGCUAAGCUGUGUUAAGGAGAGGUGCUUUUGACACAGCCAAAGUUAAGGACAAAUCUUAUGUCAUAUCAUGUCUGCAAUCACCCAUGUACCUAUUCUCUGCAAUACGGUGGGCACAAAAAAUGUGUCACUUGCAAUCAGUGCAUCUUUUGACUGUUUUUGUCAUGUUACUCACUUUUACCCAGAGACCAUGCGGUGAUGCAUAUGUGGAGCUACACAAUCAAAUCCUCCUCUUCACUACCGUGGAGCAAUGUGUCCAGAACGCCUCUCUGUGAACACACACACACACACACACACACACACACAGAGAGAGAGAGAGAGAGAGAGCGAGCUGUCCUGUCUAGUGAAGUAAAUACAAAAGCCUUGGGGAGUGUAGUAAGGACCCUACCACAAAUUGCUGGUAUUACAUAAGAAUGUUCCUUGUGUAAACAUUCAAACAUGCUCCUCUUACAAAGGUGAUAUAAUGUGAUGAUGAGAAUAAGCUAUUAAUAAUCUUUGAUUCAGUUACUCACUCUGCCGAUAUUAUAUUUAUAGCCAAAUCGUAAACUUUCUGUGCCUUAGCUUUUACAACAGAAAAGCUUUUACAGCAAAAAAAAAAA